AUGAAGAAGACAGAGAGUAGUAAUAAAGAAAGGUUCAUUAAAAUUGGCUUAUGGCUGAUUAUUUUACUUUCUUGGAUUUCUGGAGUUGUGCUAAUGUGCGUAGGUGUUUCAGUUCAAGUGAAAAUUCAUGAUACUUUUGUGGUGGUGAAUGAAAGUGCUUCAGGAGUUCCUGUGAUCAUCAUGACUGUUGGCACAAUGAUCAUCCUUGUAUCUACUUUUGGGGCAGUUGCCCUACAAAAGCACAACCCAAGGAUGAUCAAACUGUUCAUAGGUAUGCUGCUGGCAGUCUUGCUUGUUGAAACCAUAGUUGUUGCUUCUGCCUACUCCUACAGAAAGAAGUUGCAUCAGACUUUAUUGAGGAGCUUCUUGGAGACCUUGGACAAGUAUAAUCUUGACCUGCCAGUCACUAAAGCAGUGGAUAGUCUACAGAGACAGUUCCAAUGUUGUGGUGCUGAGAACUAUACGGACUGGCUGAACACCACAUUUGGAUCUCUCUCUCCAACUGUCCCAGCAAGCUGCUGUAAACUAGACAUGAAAAGCUGUGUCACAGAUCUAAGUAAACAGGGGGCCAACAUUAACCAGCAGGGAUGUGUUCUUAAACUGAAAAGUUGGGUCGAAGAACACAUUAUGAUAUUUGGAGGGAUUGGGCUUUUCAUUGGACUUACACAGCUCACUGGGAUCGUACUUUGCUACAUGUUGCUGAGAAUGCUGAAAGAAAACUAUGAAAGUAUUCAAUAAACUUCAGAAGCUGAUAAGAA